ACCGAGACGACGAUCGCGACGGGAGGUGACUUAUUGAGUAACCCAACCUGUGCGCGUUUUAAUACAUGUCGCGUCAGUAAGCAGACCCAGCAUUUUGACAAUGUUGGCUUGCAAGUGGCUCUUAACCGGUACCACGGUCUCUGCUCUCCGGGGUCAUCGCAGUCGCAAAGUCGUUGUGUCCGGCCCUGUGCGGAGAUGGCUGUCCUCACAGACGGACGGAGAGGCCCGCAUCGCGGGCGUGCUGAAGGAGAAGUUCCCGUUAGCCACAUCACUCAAAGUCGUGGAUAUAUCAGGGGGUUGUGGAGCAAUGUAUGAGAUCCAUAUAGAGUCCAAUGAGUUCAAAGGAAAAAGGACCAUCCAACAGCACCAGUUAGUUAAUCAAGCACUCAAGGAGGAGAUUCAAGGAAUGCACGGGCUGCGAAUAUUUACUGAUGUUCCAAAACAUUAGAGAAAGUCCUUCCACUGUUGACCCACAACUUGAUGUAUCUAUCACAAGUUCAGUUCUAUAAACUGUAGUUUGUAAUAUUUCAGUGACAGAGGAACAUUGCCUCAUUGUUUCUGGCAGUUAUACAUUAACAGUGGGAAAGAAUGAAAUGUAUGGUUUCACUAAGUUAUCUUAUGGUUUUUAAUUGUGAGAUAUCAUAAAGCAGGUCACGGCUACAAUACGCACAAAAAUACUUGGGAGAAGGAGGAAAUGUCAAGUCAUGUAGGUUUCUGGCCAGUAUCUGUUUUUUUUCUCAGGGUUGAUAAUAUAAAAGUAAAUACCAUUGUCCUGAAAGUUGGAAAAUGAACACACACUGUUGUUUUCAGAUUUUUCUUUUUUACAUAAAUUAUGCAAGAGCCAUGA